AAAUGGUUUUGGCAGCAUUUGGCAGCACCUGGUUUUGGUUUCCCGUGUCCUUCAUUUAUUUUCGGGGGUCAUGGCAUCCGCACUGCGCGCUUGAUGCGAGCUUGUGGCAACAAAUAGACGUAAUGUGGCCAAUCCACAAGCAGGAACUACUUGGUAGCACUCUGUAGCAAGAUCUAAACGAAAGAGCCCAACGAAACUUGUUCGCAAAAGUAAACGUAUCACCCUUUCAUGUGCACGCAGCAUGAGAAGUCGCAGGAAUUCUGGAGUGCGCCUUGAUUACUAUCAGCGACUGGUGUGCCGUACAAUUCUUGACUACCAGGACCCUGUCACAGGUCUUAUUCCAAGCCACAAGCAGGAUGAUCAUGCCUGGGUCAGGGACAAUGUCUACUCCAUUCUUUCUGUGUGGGCUUUGUCGAUGGCCUACCGAAAAAACGCAGAUUUGGAUGAAGACCGGGCAAAAACGUAUGAACUGGAACAGGCCUGCAUUAAAAUGAUGCGAGGCCUGCUUUUAGCCAUGAUGAGACAGAAAGACAAGGUGGAGAAGUUCAAGCAGACGCAAAAUCCAGCCGACUCCCUUCAUGCCAAGUACAGCUCACAGACUACUGCCACGGUAGUGGGUGACCGUGAGUGGGGACACCUUCAGUUGGAUGCCACCUCCCUGUACUUGCUCAUCCUGGCUCAAAUGACAGCCUCUGGUCUUCAAAUAGUAUUCAACCUGGAUGAAGUCAAUUUCAUACAAAACCUGGUCUUUUACAUAGAGGCCACAUACUGCAUCCCGGACUAUGGUAUUUGGGAACGUGGUGACAAGACGAACCAUGGUUUGCCAGAACUGAACUCAAGCUCCAUUGGAAUGGCCAAAGCAGCUCUACAAGCAUUGGAUGACCUAGAUCUGUUUGGGGGCAAAGGAGGUCCAUUUUCAGUGAUACAUGUCCUAGCUGAUGAAGCUCAGAAAUGCAAUGCUGUGCUACAGUCCAUGCUUCCACGAGAGUCCAACUCCAAAGAAGUGGAUGCUGCUCUUCUUUCAGUUAUUGGCUAUCCAGCAUUUGCUGUGGACGACCCUGAGCUUAUAGCUCAAACACGGAAGAGCAUUCUGCAAAAGCUGAAGGGCAAAUAUGGUUGCAAAAGGUUUCUUCGAGAUGGCUACAAGACUGCAAAGGAGGAUCCAAGCAGGCUGUAUUAUGAAUCUUGGGAGCUCCAACAUUUUGAAAACAUUGAGUGCGAGUGGCCACUCUUUCUCUGCUAUUUGGUGAUUGAUGCGUGCUUUCGUGGGGAGCGCCUAGAGGUGGAAGAAUACUCUGAUGCUUUGGAACAGGUGCUCCUUCGAACUGAAGAUGGGCUUAAAUUGGUGCCCGAAAUGUAUGCUGUACCAGCUGACAAGGUUGAAGCAGAAUACAAGAAUCCUCACAGUCAGCAAAGGAUUCAUGUUGGCAUGACUCCCUUUAUGUGGGCACAGUCACUGUUCAUCAUUGGCCGACUUCUACAGGAGGGUUUUAUUGUUCCUGGCGAGCUGGACCCUCUGAAUCGUAGGCUGGCCUCAGAGAAAAAGCCUGAUGUAGUGGUGCAAGUGGUUGUGCUUGCAGAAGACCACAUCAUUCAGGAAAAGUUAAUGCACCAUGAGAUUUUCGUGCAGACUAUACAAGAUGUCCCCGACUUCGAAGUGCUGCCAGCAAGGGUUCUGGGACACAUUUACACAUAUCUAGGAAGAAGCUCCAAACUGGGCUUGAGUGGACGACAGUCACGAGAUGUGGGCAUUCUUAGCACAAGCAAAAUGUACUUGUUCAAGGAUUCUCUCUUGGUAUUCACUCCUCAGUUUGCAGAUCAGCAUCGCUUUUAUCUGGCCUCUGACACUGACCUUCUCAUCGAUACCUUCAAGACGGAGGUCGCCUAUCUGAAGUCUGCAUGGAGAAUGCUUGGAAGGCCAACAGUCAUCUUACCUGUUUCACAGGACCUCCUUCAUAAUGGAAAAAUACCUGGGGAAGUUAUAGCCACAAUAAAAAAGCUAAAAAGUGGUUAUACUACUGGUACUCGCAUUCUUUUAGGUACUCUCGAGGAAUUUGUGAGCACUUCCUGUAUUGCAAGCCUCAGCUUUGUUGGAAAUCAAGAGGAAGGACAUCCAGAACGUAUUCCAGCUGAACUCAGGGAAUAUCUGAACAAAGAGUUCACCAGAAAGGACCUAAGAAGAGACUCCAUCUUCCUGAGACGGCAGUCAAUUAUUGGCCCUCCAAAGAGUCCUUCAGCUUUUGGCAGUCGUGGGAAGUUGGGUGUGAAGGGACUCGUGAAGAGGUCAAGGUCAAUUCAUGUGGAAAACUUCUUCUCAUAUGACCAGCCAAGCAGUGCAAAAUCAGAGGAGCUGCUGCCAACAUUGUCAGAGGACUCGUAUGGUGGUGUUGGUGAUACGGGCUCGCCAGCCUAUGACACGGAUGAAGAAGAGCUGUGUGAAAUGGUGGAUCAGCCAAGCAGCGCCACCACCCUGGGUCUCUCCCAACUUCAGCUAGACAAGGUUUCUGAGAAGGAAUUGCUUGACUUGCUUGAGGAGAGCGACUCCCUUGAAGAGCAUGGAGACAUACUGCACUGCCUAGUGCUUAACAAGUACACUGAAGGAUGUUGGCAAUUUGAAGAAGCCACAGGAAAACAUGAGCGAUCUUCAGAGCGAUAUUGUACAUACUCAUCUGCAUGCAAGGGACUAAAAUGGGACACAGAGCUGGGUGAUGGCAAUCGUGUAAUCACAGUAAGACAUCUUCUGAAGGAGCUGUAUGAAAAGGCUUACAAAGAACACAAGUGGGGUCUUGUGAGACAUGUUGCUGGCCUUCUGGGAAAGAAGGUUGAAGACCUUGCAAAGGCUGUGACAGAUCUGCUUGUACGGCAGAAGCAAGUUACAGUAGGCAUGCCACCCAUGAAUGAAUACACCAUCACAAGGCCACAGCCAGCGAAACAGCUUCGUAUUAUCAUUUACAAAGCCCAUGGCGCUGAUAAAAGUGCGGCUAUGUUGACCCAAGAGCUGCUUGUGUAUUUGUCUAUGUUCAUUCGAACAGAGCCAGAGCUCUUUCAAGAGAUGUUGAGGCUUCGUGUGGGACUUAUCAUCCAAGUCAUGGUCACUGAGCUUGGGCGUUCACUUCAGUGUUCUGCUGAUGAAGCAUCUGAAUACCUCCUCAACAUGCGACCGUUUGAAAUGAAAAUGCUUUUGCGGCAAAUUCUGAGUGGCAAAGAGUUUGUUAUAUUCAACAGCAGCGAUGGUAUCGUUUCAGUGCAAGGCAGCAAAAUAAAUAAGCAUGCCCUGCAGCAUACCAUGAGAGAUAGUAUCGCUACAAGUACAAAGAAGCACGAUGAAACUUUUGACCGCCAAGGUCAGUGGAUCCGUAGACGAAGACUGGAUGGUGCACUUAAUAGAGUGCCAAUGGGCUUUUACCCAAGAGCCUGGAAGUUGCUUGAGAGGUGUGUUGGCCUUUCUAUAGAAGGUAAAGUGCUCUCUCAACACCUGACUAGGGAGAUGACUCAAGGUGAGCUUAAGUUUGCCCUGGAGUUUGAGCAUGUGCUGAACUGCAUCCCACAGCCAGAGUAUCGUCAGCUGAUGGUUGAAGCCAUCAUGGUGCUUACUCUUCUGGCUGAGCAUAAUGUUGUCACUUUCAUCAACCAAGUGAUAAGUGUCGAUGGCCUGGUGCAGCAUGCCUACAAGGUGUUCUUGGAUGAUCAGAAACUCUGCAAUGGUGAUGCGACCUUAUGUUGUGCCACGGAUGGUGUCCCUAAAGGCCAAUGCAACAAAGUGGCGAAUCUUUGCCAGCACUUCUAUGACUCUGCACCUAGUGGUUGUUAUGGUACCAUGACCUACCUCAUAAAGGCUGUGGCACAGACAGUUGAGGACCUACCAAACACAAACCUUGACUGUACAAUUAGUUAAACUCACUGCGUUACGGCAUUAUGUGAACCACUUUUUGUGGAUCCUUUGUCAUCACCUGUACUAAGAAUAAUUUGACAUUGUAUGUAAAUAUAGAAAAAAAAUGUGCAUAUUAAGAGCUCUAUCAAAGAAACUGAAGAAAUGAAAAAAAUUGGCAAAAGAAAUUUUUUACACUGCAUUGUUUAAAUGAAAAAAGCCUGUUUCAAUGUGAUAUCGGAGUGUUGAUGUGAAUUUUAGUUCUUUCCUGACCAGAACACAAUUCCUGUGUUGCCAGAACUAAGGGGAUCACUAUGACACACACAAUUGACGGCACAAUAAAAACUUAAUCUGAGGGAAAUAUCACAUGUAAAGCCACUGUACUUAUGCAGUAUGUUUUCUCAUGUGAGCUACCAUGUUGGCAAGUUGUCUUGUAUCUUGUAGUGUACAGAUUAACUUAAAUCAACUCAUUUACAUAUGCAGUACUGCUUAAGAAUUUGUCAGGAAUAUAUAUGAAUCUAUUUUAGUCAGUGUUUUGAAUGAAACUACUACUUGCUCUGUGUGGUGUUCCCAGUGUACAUACUCUUUCCAAAAUUUGUUGGGUGUGUUUAAUUCAGUAGUGUAGCAUCAUUCAGCUGUUUCAGAAACAGUAAUGUCUCUUUAUUGCAACUUAUUUCAGAAUUUAUUGGUGUGAACCUUAUUAACAGCAAGUCCAGGGCCUUUAAUGAUGUGGUGAUGUGCUAGAACACUGUACAGUAUUUUAGAACCUUCUAGUUCAGAACCCUCACAUACCUUUUCCUAAAAGUAUGUUUUUCUGUGCUCGAGUCAACAGAUGUUUCGUCAUGAUGGCCUGGUCAGUAGAUAUAUCAAAAUUAAUGCUAGGCAACUUAGGAUUUAUUACGGUUUGACAGUGUGGCUCUGUUUAUCACUAUAAAGAAGGCAUCUUAUGUUUUACUCCAAUCUUGUUCUUUUCAAUGUGAAAAUGUAUAAUAAGUUGCGUGGAUUAACUUUUUGAAGGCAAGGUUCAGUUCUUUGAAGAAUCCAGGAGGUUGGCAAGUGCUCUGUAGGUGCCAAAAGUUUAUGCUGUGCAGCUUUCACGGAAAAGUGACGUUCCUAUGCAGAAUUGGAUGUGCAACCAUUAAAAAACAGAUGCAGUGCUGAUAGCACACAGUACAAGGGGGUACCUAAGGGCACCCGGAAUAACACUUCACUGGGCGGAGCAACAGUAGAACGCAAUUAUCCCACUAGGCCAGCAUCAUGCCACACGUUUUGAGUACAUAGCAUCCGGUGGAUUCUCCCAGGAAGCUUUUCUUCGGGUACAGUGGUCUUUUCGUGCGAUCAGUUUCGUGCAGUCAUCGUUUUUUGUGAUGGCCGCUUCAAGUGAACUGUUUGUGGAUGUGAAAUUUUGUUUCGUGGGUGUAAGAAUAGCACUAUGAUUGAUCAUGAGUAGCAACCUUGGACCAAAAGUUUGGGUUGCUUUGGAGCUGUUCUUUCAAAGCGCGGCCUACUUUCACCCAGCCAUCUCUUUGCUCAUUUGUCAAAAUUGAAGGCAGAAAUUUCUCAAUGACCCUUCUCAUCCCCAAAUCUUUUAUUAAAAUUCGCUGAACCGAGCUCCAAGCUAUACCAGGCAACUGCUCAAACUCUUAAAUGGUUCGUCAUCGGUCCUCAUGCACAAGUGCGCAAAAUUUUUCAAUAUUUUCGUCCAUUUGAGAAGUUGAUGGACGGCCAGAACGAGGUUUGUCACGAAUCAACAUUUCCCUCUUUUUUUUAUAGACAGGGUUCGUAGCAGUCCUUAAAACCCUUGAAAACCCUGGAAUUUUCAAAUAGCAUUUUCACGGCCUUGAAAACCCUUAAAUUUUUUUAGGUCCUUAAAUGUCCUUGAAUUUUGUGAAUACAGUUUUGUCGAGCCAAUUUUUAGCAGUUGCUUUUUGGAUAGUUCUGUGAGAAUAAUCGAGCACAUAUUAACAUUUGUCGAAUUCGCUAUUACAUUGAUUUAAAAUUUGAAAUUAUUUAAAAAUAACGAAUAGACGUAUGCUACCACAUGUAACCUGCCUUAAAGAUGGUUUCACUGCUGUGCCGUGACACCAGCUUGUCAGGGGAAAUCCAUACCUGCACGAAGCCACACUUCUGCACUCAGUCAUUUUUUAUUAGCAUAUUGCUUAAUUAAGUAUGAGCAAUUUUAAAACUUAAGGUAUUCUUCCACAUAUAAUUUGCAUCCUACUACUAUUCAAAUCCUGCUACUAUUCGAAUUCACUUCAAAAUUAUUCGACACUAAUUGCCAUUCACUUUGGGCCUAGAAAGUUAUAUUCGCACGAGCCUACUUUUGAUCAGAGGGUUAACGAGGUUUUAUUUUGUGGUAGUGGGGAGGGAAGGGUGCCUGACCCCUUUGUAAAUAUAUGUGCAUAUAUACUCAUCAGGUGAACCUGUUCAUGGCCUAGUUGGUACUUGCUAUGUGACAUAAUUGCCCCUAAAAUGACACAAAGUAAGUUGCAAACGCUGCUCAUGUUGGAAGUGCUGCCCGUGUUGUCAUGUUUGUGUUUCUUCCCUGCGUUUUUGUGUUAUAUUAGCAGUAAUUAUGUCAUCUAUAUAUUCAUAUAAGUUUAAAAAAUUCUAAGGCUGGCAGUGCACAUUUGUGUGUGUGUGUGGGGGGGGGGGUAUACGUGCACGCACGCUCAUGCAAUAAUUCCAUAUUGUGAGGUGAUUCAUUUUAAAUUAAGCAAACUAGCAGAAGAAUACUGAAACGUGCUGAAAGCAGUGUAAUGCCAUAAAACCCGCAGUGAACGAAAUAUGAGCAAAGAAAUGAACUGCAAGAACUGCUUUAGUUGGCUAUUAAUUGUGAAAAAGUGCCUGCUUUGGCUUGUGUGCAAUGAAACAUGUGUUUCAUGCUGUAAGAGCUGGUGUUUCCUUUUUCUAAGUUCUCAACAAGUGUUGUUUCAAGUCCUUGAAAGUUAUUCAUUAGUUGCUUGAAAGUCCUUAGAAACCCCUGAAUUUUUUUCUUCAACGUUGCUAUGAACCCUGAUGAGAAUCUCGCUCAUCACAGCAUCCCUGUAAACAGUGUUUAUUAUUGCAACAGUUCUUGAGUCAUUUUGCCAGAGCAAGAAACAAAAUUUCACAGCCACCUGCUGUUUGCUUCAAUCGGCGAUCACGAAAGAAAACGCCAAGCGCGCGAAACUUAUUUCACGGAGAAAAAAAAAAAAUCACUGUACCCAGAGAAAACCUUUUUGGGAGAUGCCACAGGACGCAAUUUAAUCGAAAAAAGUUUGACAGCGCUCACCUAGAUGGAAAAUUGCAUAAUACGCUUGUUUCACCCAUCACGACGCUAUUCCGGUUACUUUUGGGUACCCCCUCGUACUGCAGAUACUGAGUCAUAAUUGCAGGCCCAAGAUUUAUGGAAAUUUAGAAUUUUUGCAGGUCCUGCGCCCUGCUACCUUUUGGCACCAAUUUUAUGCUAUCUCUGAGGGUGCACAACAAGAUGCUUAUGUUUGUUUAAUAAGACUAGGGUUUACGUUGUGGACUUCAAGUGUAUCAGAACUUUUUCUAGUCUGCCUCAGGUUUUGCAGUCUGUAAGCUGAAUUAAGGUUCAUGUAUUUUUUGCUCCGGACAUCUUGCGCAACUUGAACCAAACCGCACGCUUGAAGGCACACACUAUGUAGGUAAAAUCAGUGGAUAUUGUUUCUGUGACCAGCGGGAUUCAGUAGCAGACAAAACAGCUGAUGUACUGAGAAGCUCUCUUUAAUUAAUCUAGGAAGCUCCAGGGCCAGCCACCUUGAUUGGAUGCUGUGCCAAAAGCAAAUGAUGCAAAAAAUGACUUAAGAAUGGCUCAAUGCAAUGAAAGCUGCUGUGUCACAAGGGUGUUGUUUUGUGGAAAAGCCUGCUUUUGCAACUGAGUGCAUCUAAAGAUUAUUUUGUCGUCCUUUAGAGGCCAGAUCAAGGUCAAUGUCAUAGCAUACUUUGGAGUUUUCAUGUAACAGCAGAGUACACAGAUAAGCAAACCGAGCGAGCCGUUUUGGCAAGGGGGAGAGAGAGUCUCAGCAACCGCAGUGUUGUCAUGAUGAUAGAUAGGAAGGACAGUGUCAAGUGUAUACUGUGGUUAAUUGUAGAAAAGGAAGAAAGGGCUGUAGCCAGUGGUGUUUUUGGCGAUGUUGUAUGUGUAAGUAAUAAA